AUGGGCGAUAAAAAGUCAAAUGCAGAUAAAAUUGAUAAAAUUAAAAUUAAGGAUAUUUCACUAGAAAAUAAACAAGAGAUUGUAAAUGAAUUUAAUAAAUAUUUUGUAAAUAGUAUUAAGACUAUUGUAAAUGACAUAAGCGAAACUAUUGAAAACGAGCAGGGUUUGAAUGAAUAUUUUACUAAUCAUUAUAAUAAUGUAAAUAAUUGUAUAAAUGACGAGAAUGGAAAUUCGUUUUUAUGUGAGUUUGACUUGGUCUCAUAUGCAGAAGCGAAAUCAAUAAUUAAAAAUUUAGAUAAUAACAAAGUUUUUAUGAUAAUUCAUGAUAGAAGAAAUAGUUAUGUUAAAGGACGUUGUAAUAUAAAAUUCAAUGGUUGUAAAAUAUCUGAAGUAGAAAAAACUAAAUAUUUAGGUAUUAUAAUUGAUGAAAAUUUAACCUUCAAGGAAAACGCUAACGAAACUAUUAAUAAAAUGGCUAGAAAAUUAAAUAUUAUGUACCGUCUGGGGAAUGCUAUAAGUAGUUAUUCUAAAAAUCUAAUCUAUAAAACUAUAAUCAGUCCUUAUAUUGACUAUUGUAGUAGUGUAAUGAUUAAUUAUUCAUUAGGUGACCUAGAUAGACUUCCAAAAGUUCAAAAUAGGGCGAUGCGAUUAGUAUUAGGAGUAAGUAAAUAUACUCGUGUAAGUGAUAUGCUCGAAACUUUAGGAUGGAUGAGUAUUAAACAAAGGAUGGUAUUUAACAUCUGUAUUUUAAUACAUAAAUUAACUAUAAACGAAAAACCAAAAAUUUUAGCUGAUAAAAUUGUUAAAAUCGCUGAUACUCAUCAUUAUAAUACUAGAUCCAGCUCUAAAAUGCGUAUAAAAUAUACUAGGAUUAAUACUGCUGAAAAAAGUUUAACCUAUGUGGGUUAUGAUUGGUACAAUGGCCUACCUACUGAUAUAAGGAAAGAGAAUAGAUUAAAGUACUUUAAACGGUUGCUAAAAGAACAUAUUAAAAAUAACUACUAA